GCAUUCGGGCGCAGCUCCCCACGGCUGGAACUUCAGCCUCUCGCCGCCUUGGAGUUGGCAAAAGUCAUCGAGUUUCUGGGUUUCCCGCUUCCGCAACUAGUGCGGGGUGUUGCGCCGUGGAAGCGCUCGCCUUUGGGCGCGCGAGCGGGGAACUUGCGCGUUUCCUUCACGAACUGCAUGCUGGAGGACCCUGACGAGCUAGCAAUACUGGAAGAGAUCCAGCAAGAACUGAUCUUGCAAGAACAGUCGGUUAUAGAAGAGUACGAGCGAAGCCUGCAGUUUGAUGAAGAAUGUCUCAACGCGAUGCUUGAUGGCUUGGACGCCAGCAACAAGGUCAUCUGCCCAGUGUGUAGAAAGAAUAACCUCACUGUGAGGAAUCACUUUGUCUUCUGCCAGUGUGGAUUAUACAUCAGCACGCAGGGUAUGACAGAAGGGAAGCUUCGGUCGCUUCUAGAAAACACUCUAACAGAGCACAGUCACAGGUGCUUUCACAACCCGGAGUUCACGGUGACCAGUGGAAUGGAGGAGGAAGCCAGUCUUCUCAUGAGCUGCGCGGUCUGCGACUCGUGGAUGAUUCUCCUGUAA